CUAGGAUGAUAAAAGUUACAGGUUGCGGCUGUGGUUGCUGUGAUUUCUCAGGAUCAGGUAUGAAUCUGAAAGGGAAGAGAAGGAGAGUACUAGAAGAUGUUCUGGAGUUGAUGCACCAUGUACAGUCCCGGUUAUCGGUAGAGGAAGCUGCCCGCACCAGUGUCUUGUCCAAGUCGUGGUUACACGCUUGGUGCACCAUCCCUAACCUCAGGUUUCAUCUUCCCAAAGAAGAAGAAGAAGAAAAAAUAAAAGAAAGAAAGCACAUGACAUUGUUGGACGUGGAGCGCACCCUGAAAAUUUACCUCGAUAACAACAUCCCAAUCGAAAGCUUCGAGCUGUCGAUUUCGAUUGAGAACCAGGAGUCGGCUUCUCUCGCUGAAAAAUUGAUCCGUAUGGUGGCCACUAAAACUACUAGUGUUAAAGAGCUUUCCCUCACAAUCCGCCCUUAUGGCGCCUCGCUGCACUUACCAUAUGAGAUACUCUCCGGCCGAAACCUAACUAAGAUUCGAGUUUCAGUUCCUAUUGAUGGGAUCCAUUCGGUUUCCAUGAAGACUUGUCAUUAUCAUCAUCCCCCCAAAUGUGUAUCCUUACGAGAACUACACUUAGUGGGUAUGCACAUAAGCGAGGAUGUCCUCCAUGACAUAUUGCUGUCUUGUAGUUUGCUUGAGAAGAUAAAGCUUUUAUAUUGUUCCAAGGGCCUCAACAGCAUCAAAGUUAAAAACCUUGUCUGUCUUGAGGAAUUACAAAUAGUUACAAUGGAUACAGGGUCUACCGGUUUUGAAAUCAGUCAUGUCCCAAAUCUCCAUGUCAUGGGCUGCAACGUGCAUAUGAAUGGAAUGUCUAGACGAUUUGGACCAUUGAUGAAUGAGCAUUCAAUAUCAUUAGGAAGCAGCGUCACAGAGUUAAGUUUAGGCGGGGGUAUGAUCAGGGACAACGCAUCUCUGGACAUGAUCAUCAAAUUGGGAUUACCUUUUCUUGAAAAUUUGACCCUUGAUAUGGACUGUUGGAUGUUGGGAAGCUUUCAUUUCACAUGUAGUGAUUCCAUCAAGAGAUUUUCGUUACUGUCGUGCCCAUGCACGCUUGUAGACGUGGUACAUGUUACUGCUCCAAAAUUACUUUUCUUCUCCUUCUAUGGUCAGACAAUGCCUACUCUCUUGUUUCCAGACUCUACUCUGGAGCAAAUCGAAUUUUGUCUGGGACUCAACGUUGAUCGUGUCGAUGCUUCUUUUUUCCUUAAGAUGAGGGAAGCACUCAUGUUAUCACGCGAGUGUAGCAGACUUCAUAUAAAAACCAUCAACCAUGACCUGCCAUUACCAUUGGAGAUUGACAUCGAUGAUCUAAGAAGAAGGCUACCAUUUCCUCCGGCUACCAACUUGCAAAAACUUUCGUUUAAAACUACCGGCGAUGAAUGUCUGUGGGAGUGCUCCCCGUUUUUCCAAGCGUUUUUUGAGAUUUGUCGCCCUCAACAAGUAACUGCAUGGCCCGACACCAUGUUGAAAGAUAAGAAUCACUUUUGCAAGCUCAUGCUCCAGGUAUUAAUGGAGAAGAAAAACAAUAGUAACACAUAUUGGCCUCGUUACCUUAAAGAUGUUCAAAUAGAACGACCUGAUCAUAAUCCAAAAUGGGAAACUCUAUCUCAUUCCCACACAAGCUUUCUACAAGGACCGAAUCCUGAGCAUCUGCCCUUCAAAUUCAUACUAAACUGGUGUUGACGCUCUUAUCAUCUUAUUAUCAUAUAUUAUAUUAUAUAGCUCAUGUUUUACUAGUUAACUAUUUAAAGUUUUAACGAUUUAAGACCAUUAUUAAGCUUUUUGCUUCUGCCCCAUUUAUAUAUUUAUUGGGGUUUUCUAAUAAUCCCAUUUAUAUAUUUAUUGGGGUUUUCUAAUAAUCCCUUAUUUAUUUA